UUCAAACUUGAAGUUGGAAGAAAAAGGAUUCGGAGAACUUUGGUCUCUGAGGCAGCGCGGUAACGUCAUAGCACGUGAUAUUUUCUUGCACUAGUUCUUUUUGGGACUAACGUAGCCUUCCUUCAUAGUUGCACAAAGUUUUGCUACACAAACUCGAACGCCCGAUGCACUCCUGGACAUCCAUGCAGUUUAUGCUACUACUGGGGCGUAUUCCGGCUUUAUACUCUCUCUUAUGACCUCGAAAUUGCUAUAGCCUCGGCACCUCUAUUUCUGGAAGUAUCAAGCAGCGGUGGCAGUUCUGGAAAACUCCCAAUGCCAGAAAAUGAAACGGUCCCAGAAGGAGAUCAGCCUCUUCUAAGGGCCACUGGACUCGUGCUUGUCAUGAAUACACCAAAAGGACGCGGAGUAUUCGCAACACAGGAUAUCCCCAGUGGUACCGUGAUCGAAGUCAGCCCGGUGCUGAUCUUCAGCGAGGAGGAGGUGGAGAACCACACCCAAUACACCCGUUUGCAACACUAUACUUAUUACUGGCCCUCCGAGUCAGGUCGCACAAUGACUCAAGCUCUCGCCCUGGGGCUGGGAUCAAUGUUCAACCAUUCCAUCCGGCAACAGAAUGUGGGAUGGAAACGCAACACCGAGACCGAUGUGAUUGUAUAUACUGCGCUCCGCGACAUCAAGGCCGGAGAGGAAUUGUGCAUUUCCUACGGCAGCGCGAGAUUAUGGUUUGACGAUGCGGAUGCCAGGAACGGGCUUGACAUUGACGAUGAUGAGAAUGAUACACGUGGUGAGACAUUGGGCGAACUGGAGUUGAGUGGCCUUGGAAGGAUGGAUCUGUGAAUUAUGGGAAGUGAGAUAUCUACAUUAAUUUCAAGGCAAUCUACAACGGCAACGGCAUGGCAUGCAUUCUGGACAGGUGGACUGAGCAAGGCUGAAUUAUUGCUUACUCAUCAGAGGGCGCUUGUUGUGGACGCGGACUGCAAUAGCCGUCAUCACUCAAACCCCUUUUUACAGCCUUGGUGAACAAAUUUAUAUGUUGCAUGAGUGAUGGCAUACCGCGGUGUAGUGUACAAUUGUCCGUGUUAUAUGGAUAGGAGUAGGUGGUGUAGUCGACACAUUCCAUGCGGCCGCACUGGGACCUGCUGGCGGAGACAGGGUCUCAAGCGAUGCAACAAAGGAGCUGCCUGGAGUACAGUACUCCGGAUAGUCAACCCCGAAGUGUGUCAGCAUCCCCUCAAAAGCCCCAGGGCAGAGAUACAUUGUACACGAAACUCCGCUGUACAUGGACCCAGCAUGUUAUUAUCAUUCAACUUUUACCAGUGUUGCUUGAUGGGUGGAGACGAGCGGAAAGAUCGGUAUGUGGUACAACGAGUAGAAGCCAUCCGACAGGACUGUUGGCAUGGUAUCUGCUGGCGACACCAAAGAACCAUGCAUCCCCGGUUUUGAUCGUCAGCACUCCUUCUCGAAGGAUGAAUAGACUCGGG